UAAAAAUAAUUGAUUUUCAUUUUGCUCAAUUUGAUAAAACUCGUACCGCAAUUAUACCAACAGGAUGCGGCCGGCGCAAUCAUCAGUUAACAGGAUGAUUGCGGUAUUCCUUUGCAUCGGGAAGGAAACUUUCACAAUUUAAACCUAAUUAUUGACACCUCUAUCAGGGUAGUUUCUGAAUGUAAAUCUUUUUGAAGACGUAUACUAGCUGCAUUAACUGAUGAACUUAGGAAAAAGACGCUUUAGUUCUGAAAUACUCACGAAAAGAUUGACAAGUAAGAAACGAUAAAUUUUCCUCGCACAAUUACACCCAAUUAUGUAAUUUUUUUUCUAUUGAAAUAAUUUUAAAAAAUAGGUUCGCGUCUUCAAAAUGAGAAAUCCUUUUUCGUCGAAAUGGCAAAAAUCACUGAUUGUUUUCCUUCCAUUUUGUGUUGGAGUUUUCUGCCAAUUAGAUGAAUCGACAUCUUCUUGGGCCAAACUCCAAAUUUCACCCAGUGAACUCCUUUCCAUGCCCUACGGCAGUUUCCGAGUCAACAUUUACGAACACGCAAACAAUCACAAGGCAACAACGACAAACGCAAAUGCCAAAAAAUAUUUUUACGCUCCCAUCGCCUUGCUGGACCACCAAAGCGCCAAAAGUUUCUUCAACAACGUCACGAAACAGCCCGAGGUCCGUUUCCGCAUCGAAAUGUGGAACCCAAAAGUCGAGAUCAAAGUCGUCAAUUAUUUGACUGAAUUUCUCAAUCAGCCAAUCAAAUCCAAUCAGGUUCAAGUCAUCCCAUUGGAUAAAGUGAUCCUGGCCAGCACGUCACCGUCCACCACCUUCUCACUAAAAUCAAAUUGGCUACCGUAUCAACUGGACAAGUCGCUCCAGUUUACACUUUCCUGUUUCCAACUAGAAGAUUGCAACCAACUGGCGGCCGCUAUGCGGACCAAACCCAAACAAUUCAACGACUUUAAACUCCUUUUCAGUUUGUCUUCGCAGACGUCACAGACAAAACAGACGGUCAUCCGCAUCGACAGCAUCGUCUCCGGACAAAUGAUGGCGCAACUCUUGCAGAAAUUCGACGAAAACACCAAAGAAGCUCUGCUAACGGCCACUGACGAGAAGAAACUGCUAACGGAAUCGAUGACCAACGUAUUGGUCGACACGUUCGACGACUCGGACGUCGUUUCCCAAAAUUCAGAGUCGCAAAUCUACAACAUGUUGAAGAGUUUGCUCGUCUCUUCCAGGACCAUCAUCAAAGAGCAAAGCGACAAAAUGUGGGACUCGGUUUUUUGGAACGACGACAAUUACCGACCGGACAAGACCACGAAAACUAUGAACGACAUUUACAACAAAUUGGACAAAGAAGACCAGAAAAAGUUGAUCGACACGUUCCAAAAUACCAACACAUUUGAGUUCGGUGCAGGGGGUGGUGUCGUGGGCAUUGGCUCGUUCGAAUCGAGAUUCAAAACUGAACUUUCCCGCCACGGUUCGACAACAAAGGAAGACAUCAACAAACUUUUCCAGGAAAGUAAAAAGCACGGCGAAUGGGAUGGAGAAAAAUUUGUUCCCAAACCGCUGGCCCUCAGCAGAGUCAAUUUGGCGCAAUUGCGGGACACGCAAUCCUUCCAGGAUCGCAAAGUGAGCGUCCGCUACUCGACCGCCGUCCUGUCAACUCCCAUCCAUUUCGUGCAAAACUCUGACCUGACAAUCACGGACGCAUGGCAAGAUUUGAAAGACGAAUUAAAAGAAACACAAAGCCGUUUAUCAAACGCUUUGGAACUAGAAACGACAAAAAGACGUAAUGUUUUCCAAACCUUGGAAAAACAUUUAAACAUUGUUAUUAACAAAGUAUCAACCGACUUGGAAAACCAAUUAAGAGCUUUACAGACAACAAUGGCAAGGUUGGAUCUGCAAUAUACUUGCACUAACCAAUCGACAAAAUAUAAUUUUGAAGGGCCAAGUGCAGGAGGGAAUAUGGUUUAUCUCGAUCGGCAUGACGUCCGUUGCGAUCACAACGAAUUCAUCCGCCAAUUCAAACUCAAACGCGCCUCACCUUUAGUCAGAUACCAAUACGAGUGUUGCAGUUAUAAUUUACAAAAAUAAUCUUCCGACACUUUGCCCUUAUUGGCUCAAGAGUAAGUUCAAUUUAGAGUGGAGUCUAUAUGUACAAACCACAGAAUUUCGCUUUGUUUUGUUUAAGAGAAAAACUGAUUAAUACAUGUCAAUGCCUAUUUCCCAAUUAGUUCAACAAUUCAACAUCAUUUGGAUAAUCAAUCAGUAAUCAAAGUCUAGCGCCUCACGGUCGAGGGAAUGUAGUGCAAGUUAAUAAAUUUGAUUGGCAUGUCGACAGGAAGCGAAAAGAUUCGAAAAUUAAAUUCAAACAAAUUCUUGUUGUCAGAGUUGUGUUGCCAGUGAAGACUGGGUUACAACUGGAGAUGCCUAUAGCGAUGCAUGUGGCC